UUCACUCUAGAAACAUCCCCAAUCAGCAAUGUGGUCUCAAAAAUGUCAAAUGAUUUCGUACGCAAUGGUAUUUAUUUAUUGUUGUUCGUAAUCGAUCAUAUCUUACACUGUUUAUACAUAUUACUCAGCACUGUGGUAGAUAUUGUAAAGUUGAUAUUGUAUUGUGUCCUGUAUACAAAUAUGACAGAGGGAACGAAGAAACGUAAACGGAAUUCGGCAGAGUCACAUAACCAAGUUGUUGUCAAUCGAGGCGUUAUAGACGCGAAUUGGCAGAAAUUUCUAUCAGCCAACAUAAUUAUGGAUAAGAAAGAAGAAAAGCCGCCCCAAAAAAAUCACUUCACGGGCACUUUCCGGCGUGCAAGGAAGAAAAAGCCGCAAAACCAAGAGAUUACGUCGUCAGAGUUCAUAAAUGGUGACAUGAAAAGUUUAAAUUUAGAACCUCAGCCGAACGGUGAAUUAAAAAAAAUCAAUGAGCCUAGGAAGCAAAAUAAAAUAACCAAAUUUUUGGCUAUGGAUUGUGAAAUGGUUGGAAUAGGGUAUAAUGGAAGUGACCAUAUGCUGGCAAGAGUGUCCAUAGUCAAUAAAUUUGGGGACUGUAUCUAUGAUAAGUUUGUGAAAGCCCGGGAAGAGGUCAAAGACUACAGAACUGAUGUGAGUGGAGUAAGGAAGGAAGAUUUAUUGAAUGGUGAAGAAUUUACCGUUGUUCAAAAAGAAGUCUCUGAUUUAUUGAAAGGAAAGAUUUUAGUUGGACACUCUUUGAAAAAUGACUUAAGUGUGUUGUUUUUGUCACACCCAAAGAGGAAUAUUAGAGACACUGCCAGAUAUAAACCUUUUAAAAAGAUCACCAAAGGCAGCACUCCGUCCCUAAAAAGGUUGGCAAAAGAAAUUCUAGGUAUUGAUAUCCAGCAUGGAGAACACAGUUCAGUGGAAGACGCAAGAGCUGCCAUGCAAUUGUACUGUACUGUAGGUAAAAAUGGGAAGAGAGUUUAGCGACAAACGAGGGCAUAGGAAGAUUUCUAAUGAAUAAAAUUUUCGUCUAAUUUGGCUCAGCAUGAUUUGGCCGAAUUUUCGGAUUGGCGUGAAUCGGCCGAAUUUUCGGCUUGGCAUGAAUCGGCCGAAUUUUCGGCUUGGCAUGAAUCGGCCGAAUUUUCGGCUUUGUUGAGAUGUUUUUAAAUGUCAACGUUGUUUUUAGUUUGUAAUCGGGUUUUCGGAGUUGCAUGAUUAGCCCGAAAUGUCAGAUGAUUUCAGUAAAUUGAGCCAGUUGAAAAAGGAAAUUAUGUUUGCAGAUUGUUUUCAUAUAACGAUUUUUUUUCUGUUUUUUCGGCUUUAAAUUC